AUGGAGCGGUGGGUCGCGGCCGCCGGGGGCUGGGGCUCCCUCUGGGGCAGCUGGCGGGGCUGGGAGCUCUUGGCCGCCUGCGCGGUCAUCGGCGCCGUGGGGUGGCUGCUGAGACGGCUGGAGAGGAGGCCCGGCGGCCGCGGGGCCCCGGCGGCAGCCAUCUCUUCCCCGGCGGUGGCGGCGGCGGCCAUCUCUUCCCCGGCUCCCCUCUCUUCCCCCGCGCCGUUCUCCGCGGGGAACCGGCGCAGCAACGGGAGCCGCCCAGGUGAGGUAACAAUGGAUAUGAUAUUAUCCCGACUGAAGCGGCUCUCCUCUGAUGAGCUUAGAGAAGAAAUUGUAAGAGCAGGACUGAAAUGUGGGCCCAUCACAUCAACCACGAGGUUUAUUUUUGAAAAAAAAUUGGCUCAGGCCUUGUUGGAGCAGCAAGGAGUGCUGGAAGAAAACCAAUCUGAUCUGCUUGAGGAGGCUGCUGGAAAUGUCCCAUGCAAUAGUGGCUGGGCAGAAGCACAAAAGACUUCAAGAACUACAGGAGUGAAUCACAAUGGACAUGGGAGUGUUUCUGAAGAGGCAGAGUUUGGGUACUGUGUAGGUCUGAACCCUCCAGAAGAAGAUGUGAUGCACACAAACUGCUCAGCUCCAGUCUGUGGAGCAGCAUCUGCUGAUUCACAGAUCAGUGCUCAGACACCAUCCAGAAAUCCUCCACUGUUUUAUGGUGUUUGCCCAGUUUAUGAUGACAUACUGGCAAGGAAUGAGAGAAUACAUGUUUAUGAAGAUAAAAAGGAGGCUCUCCAAGCUGUUAAGAUGAUUAAGGGUUCCCGUUUUAAAGCCUUUUCAAACAGAGAAGAUGCUGAGAAAUUUGCUAAAGGAAUCUGUGAUUAUUUCCCAUCUCCAAGCAAGUCCUCUUUAUCUUUGUCUCCAGUGAAAAUGGGAGCAUUUAACAGAGAUGGGUUGUGCUCUGCUGAAACUGAAUCUGCCAACAAGGAGAGGGCCAACAGCUACAAAAGUCCCCGCACUCAGGAUCUCACAGCUAAACUGAGGAAAGCUGUUGAGAAAGGAGACACAGCAACGUUUUCAGAACUCAUUUGGAGUAACCCUCGCUAUCUGAUUGGGUCAGGAGACAAUCCAACAGUUGUUCAGGAAGGGUGUAGGUACAAUGUCAUGCACGUGGCUGCCAAGGAGAACCAGCCUGGUAUCUGCCAGUUGUUGCUGGACACUUUGGAAAAUCCUGACUUUAUGAGGCUUAUGUACCCUGAUGAUAACGAGGCGAUGCUGCAGAGCCGCAUCCAGUACAUUGUUGACCUUUACCUUAACACACCAGAUAAAAUGGGGUUUGACACUCCGUUGCAUUUUGCCUGCAAAUUUGGGAAUUUGGAUGUUGUUAAUGUGCUUACCUCACACCCAGCUAUUGUGAAAAAUCCAAGAAACAAAUAUGACCAAACUCCAUCAGAAGUAGUUUGUGAAAGAAGCAAGAAUAAAUCUGCAGAAUUGAAAGAAAAACUAAGAGAGUACUUGAAAGGUCAAUACUAUGUACCACUCUUGAGAGCAGAAGACAAUUCCUCAGCUCCUGUGAUUGGAGCACCUUGGUCACCCGACCAGACAGACGAGAGCCCCCAGAGAACUUUAUCUAAAUACCCUGGCAGCCCCAAAGAUCCUGUGCUGUCAUUAAGAGCUUUUGCAGGCCCCAUGAGCCCCUCAAAGGCUGAAGAAUUUCGCAGACUUUGGAAGACUCCCCCUCGAGAGCGAGCUGGCUUCUUCCACAAUGUCAGGAAAUCUGAUCCGGAGAGGGGUGUUGAAAGAGUUGGAAGGGAGUUAGCUCAUGAACUGGGGUUCCCGUGGGUUGAAUACUGGGAAUUUCUGGGCUGUUUUGUUGAUCUGUCUUCCCAGGAGGGGCUGCGAAAAUUAGAAGAGUACCUGAGUCAUCGGGAAAUGAGCGAAAAGGCUCAGCAAGAAACAGGGGAAAAUGAAACCUGCAAUAGAUACAAAACUCCACAUCCCUCUGGCAAGAGUAAAAAGUCCUGCAAUUCUGUUUCUGUUGGAGCAUUUUUGGAUGAUGAUGAUGAUGACAUGAGCUUGGAAGAGAUAAAAAACAGGCAAAAUGCAGCACGGAAAAUCAGCCAACCUCUUGUGUCCAAAGAACCCAACAUUGAUGCCAUUGGAGAUGCUGAGUGUGACAUCUUGUCCAUGGAGAGGGCUGUAAACAUCAUGGAGACCUCAGCUCACCCCCGGCACUACGAAAAGGCAGUUUCAUCCAGCAAGAAUGGAUUUUGUAACCCUGUGUCCAGUGAAAGGAUAAUGAGUGACAGAAAGCAUUUGCAUGAUGCAGGAGAAUGCCUGGGAACCCCCAUUUCCAAUUUAAUGUCAGAAUUUGAAAGCCUGUCAUUCCAGAACCAAGGAGAAUCAAGUAACAUCUCUAAAACAGCUGACAGUAAGAGAAUUCUGGCUGAAGGAACAAGUCAGGUGAGAAAAUCCAAGGACCAUCUGGAUAAGAGCUGCUACUCAGUGUCACUGGCAAGUUCUGAGCCAGGUGUUACAGGGAAACCUGGAGAGACCAAGUUAAGGACAGAACACAGAAAAGCAUCAGAAGAAGAGGGACUCUGUAUGGAAUCUGGAAUUCAGGCUAAGGAGGCACAACGCCAUCGAGAGCUUUCCUCACAGAAAUUUCUUUUGAAGGCUUCACCCACAAAGGAUUACUCAAAGAAUUUAUUCCUGCUUGGGGGGCAGCCCUCAAAGCUGGAUGGGGAUGUGCUGGCAGCUAUAGAAUCAGCAGAGGUUGAUGCACAGAAAUACCCAAUGCUCUACAAAUGGAAACAGGCCGUGCAGUCCUACUCCUCAGCUGACAGGCAAAGUUGGCCGAGUCCAGCACUGAAGGGAAGAUUCAAGUCCCAAACCAUCACUGCUGGCAUUCCAGGUGCUUCAGUCUACUCUAAUUCAGGAAGAAAUAGUCCAAUACCAGGAAGUCCAGGAAAAUACAGCAAUGCUGCCUUGUUCUCUCCAGACCCUGGGAGUCCUGGGCGCUACAGUCCAGCUUCUGUCAACCACGCUCUGUUAAAACUACGUUAUUUUUCAGAGCCUCCUGCCCACUAAAACAUGAUUCAUCUUCCUGAGACUUCAAUUCUAUUGUCAAGGUUAAGAGUGGAGGAAAACCCAACAAUGUUACUGAAGUGACAGGAGGUUUGUACUUGGCUAUUUAUUUUUCCUCAAUGGAGGAUAACUGUAUGUUAAAAAAAAAAAAAAAAGAAUCUAUGUCUUUAUACCACAUACAAGAUAGAUUACUGGUGAUGUGCAAGAAAUGAGUGACAGUCAGGGAGUUGUCCAGUAGCAAUUAAUUAACCUUUGCUGCCAGUGAAGCAGGGAGCUGAGCCUGUACUUAGGAAUGGUGGUACCUGGCAAUCAGCCUGUCAUCACUGCAAUGAAUGUGUCAGCUCUCAGAUGCAGUCCUUUUGCUUGGAUAGUCUGGAGGAAGCACAUCACCAGUUACCAGGAAUCUUAGGAGAGGAAAUCAGUGGCAAGAAGUGGAAGGGUCUUCCACUUGCAAGGGGAAUGCUCAGCAGAAAGGCCUGGAAAAAACCCAGGGGAGUGACACCUUUCCAAGGCUGAGUAUGAAUGUGAAACCCUGUGUGUAAACAGGCAGUGCUGACAGCAAAGCAGCUUGGGCUGGACAGCUGAACACACACACACACAAACGUGUGCAUGUAUGCACAUAGUUACACAGAAACCUUGAGUCUUUGCUUGUUCUGAGGCUGUUAAAAACACUGUGCUAUACCAAGUGUUUAGUUAAGGGGCACUAUAGAGAUUACUGGGGUUCCUUUAAAUGUUAGUUUGGAGAUUUAAAAAAAAAAAACAAAAAAAAAACCCCAACUAUUUUUUUUUCCCACAGAAGCUUUUAACAUUAGCAGAUUUUAAUAGUUACUACACAAAAGCACAUCAGCAAUAAUUUCAGGCAAUUUACCAGCAAGGUACCCUCAUGUCAGUUUGUGUAAUAUAUUAUGAGUGGUAGCCAGUGACCUGUGAUGUGGCUCUUGACUUCCCAACUGUGAAGAAGAGACAGGAAUAAGGACUAAAAAUAAUUUUGUUAAAAUCUUAAGCUUUUACCGUGUCUCUAAUCUUGAUGUAGUAUUGAGUUUCUGUUUCAGCAGUCAGUAAUUGUAUUCUUUACCUGUCUGUAAGAAUGAUUUGUUUCGACAGCACACUGCCAAGAGCCAAGAAUGCUUUUCACAGCUCCAGACACUUUUCUGUAUCAAGCUUAAUGGUUGUAACGUUGUUUGCAAGAAACAGAGCUCUCAGGUGUCAACAGCUCUCUGGUUAUAAAAGCAAAACCUAUCUAUCACUGCAACCUAACUGAUCAGAAAAUUACAACCUGGUAAGACUGUGCUGGUAAAGAGGGGGUUGGGUGGGAGAAGGCACAGACCCAGCCAGGGACAGGAUGGGGCCAAGCAGGAGCAGUGGGUGCAGCCACCACCUGGAGCUGGGUGGGUGUUAUGGCUGUUGCACAGUGGAGUGACUGUUUCCUACACUAACUGCACACCCUCCAGAAGUCUCAUGAUUUAGUACAAACCUUAAAAAAAAAAAAAAAAAAAA